AGCAGGUUGCUGGAAAGCUUUCGUCACCCCGGAAAUAACGCUCCCUUCACAACAAAAGCCUGGAUAUUUGCAGUGUAGCGUGGUCGUGAAGCAGUUUCAUGUGCUCGUUUUGACUUCUUGUUUACUUUUGUCAGGUAGCUUCGUAGGUUAGUUGCUGGAUUAGUUGCUGGAUUGGUUGCUAGAAGGACGGACUGCGUCCAUCACCCUGACAUACUAACAACGUUUUCGUUUGAGCGUUUGUUUUGAAAGCGAAGGCUUUUGACUUCCUGUGUGUGGCUAACGCACUGCCAAUUGAUGCAGCGGGUGUUGUCUAGUGAAUCAGGAGCAGACAGAUGCAUCAGCAUCUUCAUCGUUUUCAUCGUUCUCGACCCCUCCCCCCCUUCCUCAUUCUCCGCCCACACGUUGCGCACACUUUCAGCACGGUUGGAAUUUGACGAGAAGCUUCAGCUGCGUCCGUUGGUUUCGAGAAUGCUGUGGGCCGCGCCCCACCUGCGGGCCUGACAAAAUGAGCGUGACGUCAUGGUUCCUGGUGAGCAGCUCCGGCACUCGCCAUCGUCUCCCCAAGGAGAUGAUCUUUGUGGGCCGGGAGGACUGCGAACUGAUGCUGCAGUCUCGCAGCGUGGACAAGCAGCAUGCUGUCAUCAACUACAACGCCACAACUGACGAGCACCUGGUCAAGGAUUUGGGCAGCUUGAACGGGACGUUCGUUAACGACCUGAGGAUUCCCGACCAGACGUACAUGACGCUCAAAGUCUCCGACAUCAUCCGCUUUGGAUACGAUUCUCACGUCUACCUGCUGGAGAGAAGUCAACACAAGGUCCCUGAAGAGGCUCUCAAGCAUGAGAAGUACAGCAGCCAGCUGCAGAUGAGUCUGAAGAGGGCGGAGCUAGAGGACAGCGCCAUGAUGGAGAAGAACCAGAGUAUCAAGAGUCAGACGCAGGAGGCUCCACCCCCACGGCCCACGCCGCUCUACGGGCAGCCAUCCUGGUGGGGAGAAGAAGAUUCUGUUAAUACGUCCGACAGCAGACAUGAACCUCAUGCAGAGUCGCAGAAAGAAGUUUCCUCCGUGGAUCACGAUUUUUCCGGAAGUCUCUCCGAUCCGCAGAGCAAGAGCAUCCUCCCGUCGUAUCAUCGUGAGGCCAACUACUUUGAGAUCCCCACCAAGGACUUGCAACCUCACAAGAGCGUGGAAGCGGAGCUACAAGAAAUCCCCACCAAGGACACGGACACGCCCCUUGCUCCUCCCUCCAGCGAGACGCCGCCUGUGGUGCAGAGCCACGCCUCCUUCACCAUCGAGUUUGACGACUGCAGUCCCGGUAAGAUCAAGAUCAAAGACCACGUGACUAAGUUCUCCUCCCGCCAGAGGAAGACUUCGCCCGCCGCCAAAACAGGAAGCACAACCCCCGCAGAUGUGAUGUCAUCAGAAAGCAAAGUGGCAGAUUGGCUGGUGCAAAGCGACGUCAGCAUGAUGAGACGGCGGCCGACCUGCGACGACGUCUACAGCACCAAGAGUGACCUCGCCAUCAACGUCAAGAUGCUCAAAGGUCAUCACCAUGACGACGGAACCCAAAGUGACUCGGAGGACCCGCUUCUUAACGGACAGAAGAGCAAGUCCCAGCACACGAUCCAACCUGAGGCGUCCCAUGUGACACCUGAGCGGCCGCUGUGCCACAGCACGCCUCCACCGGGAUCCCACGCCACAGACCCUCCAAAGCAGGAGCCCCCUGAGCACCUCAGCCAACAGGCUUUCAUCAUCGAGUUCUUUGACGACAACCCGCGUAAGAAGCGCUCACAGUCUUUCACUCACAAUCCCGCCCACACAGACUCUUACUCCGCCCUGAAGGCUAAGCUGGAGCGUCGCAAAGGUGGCGAGAGGCCGGCGUCCGUGCAUGGCCACGUGCCCCCUACCCAGCAGGUCACGGUGCCCCUAAAAAGUCAAGCCUAUGGAGGACCCCAGAGAUCGAGCUCUCUGCGGAGAGAAAAGGCAGAGACGGAGUCAGCUUCAUCCAGCGCCACCUCUCGUUCUACGUCCGCCAUCUUUGUUCGGCCCUUCGGCAGCAUUGGAAAGAAGUCAAAGUUUGCUCAGGAGUUUGCCGUGGAACUGUUGAAGGACUCUUGUCAGCAAGACUCCUACCUUACUGGGGCCAGCAUGUCACCUCCACCCAUGUCAGCACCCCCGGUGAUGGUGUCACCUCCUGUUGCUGCUUCACCAAAAGAAGCCUCAGCGCCGCCCACAGUGGUCAAGACUGCUCAGCCUACGGCGUUCACGAAAGCCCCCCUCGCCUCAGACGGCCUCAGCAGGGUCACCCCUCCUUCUGCAGGUUUCGUUCUGCCACCCCAGGGUGUUCCAGGAGGAGACCCUAAAGGGUGUCAGAGGUUGUUGAGGAACGAGGAAGACGACAGCGUGAGCGAGGCUGGCACCUACACCAUUGACACUGACGUCCAGGACCAGGAGGUGGAAGAAGCUCGCAACAUGAUCGACCAGGUGUUCGGUGUCCUCGACUCUCCAGAGUAUGCUGAGCUGCUCCCAGGAACAGUGAGACCUGUGAUCGAUGAAGACCAGGAGGAGCAUGCUAACAUUGCUAACCGUGCUAGCGCAGCAGAAAUGUUGCAUGACUUCACCGCAACAUGUCUUCCACAGCUUCCACCUGCAGGUCUGGAAGGACCAAAGUGGGUUUCCUGUUGGGCCAGUCUGGCAGACGGCUUUGUCCAGCCUGGUUCCACACCCCCUCCAAGGCAGCAUCAAGAAGACUUCCUCAUCGUCAGCCAGCAAGCAGAAGGUUGCAGCUUCGAGAUCCUGGAGGCCUCUGAGUCCAACCGCGGCUCUCGGGCGAGAAGACGACUGCCUCAGGUUCCCCUUGAAAAGUUGGAUGGUGCCACCCCCAGCCUGUCUCUUCGACCCGAAUCUAACCGAGAUGACAAAGGUGUGGAUAGAGCUCCUUAUGGGAACGUGUCCCAGUUCUUGUCUGUCCAGGAUGAAGUGGAUCCUGACAGACUGAGUGAUGCCAGUCGCUCAGAGGACACUCCCCUUUCAAGGCAAACCAAAGACCAUCCAGCUGCAUUCAAUUCUUGCAUAAGUUCAGAGAAAUCGCCCUCAUCCGCAAAGUCCACCAUCUUCUACAUUGGUUCUGGAGACAAUCCAACCAAACCGGACCCAGUCCGACGCCUAGCACAGUUUGAGAAGGCUCCUCCUGACUCUCACGUGAAAACUCCACCAACCACCGUCGUGAUCCGACACCUUAGCAGCCUUGAAGGCCAAAGGAGGACCAUUAAAGCAAACAGUUCUGCACCAAACCUCCAAAGCCAGGACAAAGACUGUGUCCCCACAAAAGACACAGCCUUUGCACGUCAGGAGAGUUUUACCAAAGACGGGCCAACUAACAAUGUUUGUGUGAAGAAACUGCCGCACAUUUCUAGUCACCCAUCCAUCAGAGACCUGGAACAGAGGAAGGCCAUGGACACAGAGUCUUUUCUUCAGGACACAACAUCUCCUGGAUCUGUGCAGAGCUCCAAGAGCCACGGGGAAGAUUCGCUAUCUGGCGAGUCCGAUGUGGACACGGCCAGCACUGUCAGCCAGCUGAGUAGCAAAAACGCCUCUGAUGGUUCAGCUUUGAAAAAAGGUUCCAGGCGCAAUGACCAAAAAGAGAAGGUGUUCUCCGGCCAGGAAAAAGGACGAAAGCUGUCAGCUCGUGAGAGACUUUCAGAGAAAAGGCGAAACCAAACAUCCGCUAGCGCAACAAGCAAGGCAGAAGCCGCCAAACUCUUGCAGACGCGCCGCAGUACCAAAAACCGCUGCUCUGCGGGUCAAUCUGAGCAGGAAAUCCAAACAUCUCGUCGGAAUAAAAUGGUAGUCUCCCCCUCACAAAAAGAGGACACUUUAAAGAUGUCCAAAGCAACGAAUAUGCAGAUUCUGAUACGCUCAAACAGCCUGUCAACACCGCGUCCCACUCGAGCGUCCAUGUUGCGUCGAGCACGCUUGGGAGAUGCCUCGGACAACGAAGGUGCGGAGACGGACAGGGCCUCUCAAAGUUCAGACCAUGUUGCUGCUACACCAAAAAUGUCCCAAGAGGUGAAGAAACUGUCCAGGUUGGACAUUCUAGCGCUUCCAAGGAAGAGGACAGGUUCUUUUACGACCCCCAGUGACAAUGAGACUUCCUCCACGGGCAGGUCUGGUUUCUCCUCUCGCAGCACAGACGCAACUUUUAACAGCAGGAAGUCUUCAGCGGGCAAAGUGGGACUUCCAGGGAGGAACACAUCCACCCGUUCAAGCGGAACCAAGUUCUCCAACAGCGGUGGCCAUCACAACUUCUCCUCAUCGUCCGAUGAAGACUUCAAAAGCAGCACCACUUCUCUGAAAGUUAAACGUUCCUCGCAGACCAGCAUCAGGACCGCUGUGAGUCGUUCCAAGUCGGUCUCCUUGGAGACGGAGGAGGACCCGUACCAGAAGUGGUCCACACACAGUGCGGAGAUCGCCAAGCUGAGUCACGACCUAGCCAAGGACUUGGCCUUCUUGGCCAAAGAGAUCCACGACGUCGCUGGAGAUGAAGAAACGAGUGGCGCCGCCGGCGACGUAUUUACCGCCACACCUGAACCACAGUCUGACGCAUCAGCUGUUUCAGCAAGAGAGGAGAAGGUUCCAGCGAGUUCUGCUUCCCGCAUAGAACUGGACACUAUCAGGAACCAGGCCACACAAGAUUUCAUUCCGCUGUCACAACUGUCACAUGUGUCAAAAGUGUCACAUGAUAUCUACGACAACACACAACACCUCGCCGCCAAAAUCAGGGCAGUGUUCCACAACAAAGCGGACAUUUGGGAUAAGAUUGACGCUGAUGAGGAACUUCCGGUCCUGAACACGUCUAAUCAGGAGAUCUGCUCCAUUGUGACGGAGCUGCAAAGAGUUCAACGGCAGCUGGAAGUUAUCAACGAGGUUGUGGAUCCUUCUAGAAGUCUUCAGUCUCUCAGUCAAAGUCCACGGAGAGCCAAGGACAACAGAGAUGGCAGCAAACAAAAUGGCGUAUCGCACAAACCAACUCGCCACGUGUAGUGAGGAACCGACGUUGCUAAUUGUGCACAUGCUCGUUGAAAAUAGAGGAAAUACGCUAAUUAGGUGUUAGAAAACCAACACAGGCUUUGAUGUCUUUGGGGCGGAGCUAAACAUAACGUAUGCUGAUGACAUUUGGGCUUUUAUUGUGAAGGUACCGCGUGAGCAAGUUGUACUGUAGUCAUGUGACGUUAUGUUUAUGAUGAAUGUUUGCGAUGAAGACGGUGCCUCGUCUUCGUCUCGUGGCUGAUAGGAUACGUUUUGGGGUGAUCGUCGAAAUGGCAGCCGUUCAUAUUUAGGGAUUAUGUUUGAAAUCAUCUUCAUCUCAUGGUUGCUGUGACCACAAGAAGCCUUGUGACUUACUGCUGGACGACUUGAAUGCUGUUACAUUAGAAUGAAAUAUGAAUAUGGAUAAUAUGAAUGUUCAAUGAAUAAAAAAAAAUCACAUGUUGCAUUAAAA